GUGGUCUGGUAAAAUCAUCUGAACUGAACAUUGGUUAUUGAAAAUAGGCUGAGUGAUAAUGUUGAAUAUUAUUCUUUGUAAUAUAAAAAAAACCGACGACUGUUUAAUGUCUAUUUAAUUUGUAAAAAAGUGUUUGUGUCAGUAUUACUUCAAUCCGAUUGAUAAAGGCUUUGUUCGACAGUUGAAGUGUGUUACCGCAUAUUUAUUGUUUUUGUUAUUUUCAUGGAGGAUCAAUAACUUCAAAGCCCAGCUCACAACUCUCAAAGAAGGCUUUAUUCAUGUAGAUUUGGACUGAAAUCAUGUAAUACUUCUAUUUUAUAAGUUUAUAGUUGCAAAUAGCUGAUAAGACAGACGUUUCUACUCAUUCAGUACUGACUCGCUACACUAGUAGGCUCUUUAUGCAUUCUUCAUUAUUCGUGGUCGAGUGAUUGUCUAUCGGAAAUGCUAUUAAACUUGAAAUCGUUGUUAUUCCUAGCAAGGUGAACAAUAUUUCCUUUACGCUUUGCAUUUUUACUUUUGGGGCUGUUCAAUUCUAGUAUCAUAUAUAGAAUUGUUCUGCUCCAGGAGUUCUGCAAGCUAACCGUACCACUACUAUGAAGUUAAGGGAUCGAAUAUUAUUAAACUACAGUGUCAAAAAAUAGUGAAUGCAGCAAUAAAAUGGCACUAUAAUUAAGGAAUUGUUCCACCAGAUUAGAAUGAGCUGGAAGAAAAAAGAGCGUCGCAUUGAAAUCAGAGACGCAACAGGUUCAAAAGUAAAUCCACCUUCACCAAGUGAGGAAGAAGAUAAAGAUUUCGAGAAAUCUUACAAAGAUAAUUUUUCAAAUUGCGAAGAGAAAACUAUAACUGAUCUGGAUUCGCCAUCUGGAGCUCAAGUGGUUGGUGUGCAGGAAGGCGAUGUGACCUACAUCAAAGUUAAUCCUGAUCCUCUUAGCAUGCUAGAGGUUAUUGAUAACAGCGAAAAUAGUACUACCAAUCCUCUGACUUCAGUAACUGAUAACGCAAUGAACGGAACUAGCCAUGUGAUGACCUCCAAUGGGACGGAUACUAACAGUGAUCAGAGUGCAGUCAACUCUGGAAAUCGUUGCGAGGAUAACGUGCUUAUGGUGAGUGUAGAGCCCGAAGCUGUCAGCCUACUUGAAAUUGGUACGCCGGGCACAACGACUACUCAGCACAGCUCUUCGAACUCUGGUGCUGGCCAAGACACCAUUGCCAUAUACCAGCACCAGCCACAGCACCAUCAUCCGCAACAGGCCACUCAUCAUCACCAUAACCACCAUCAUCUGCAGCCGAUGGCCGCUGACAAUCUGCAGCAGAUGACCACCAUGCAGCCAAUGGAGCACCACAUUGGCAACGGCGAACCCGUUGUGCACAUCGACAUGCACCAUCAAGCACAGGCACAGAUGCAUCAGGCUGAUGAGCAGGCAGCUGUCAAUCAGGAGGGAAUGAUGCGACCUGAUGCAAGUUGGAUGAUGUCAGACGCACCCGGCCACGGUCGUACCUACAGCUGCACCUCUUGUGAGGAAACCUAUCCAACUCUCGAACUGCUCAAACAGCACAUGACGAAACAUCUAGCUGAGAACCCAUACAUCUCAAAAUACUUCGACACAACUGUCUACGAUGGCACAGAGUUGAUGCGCGGUGCUGCCAAUCCGGGCAAACCCAAUGAGUGCACAAUCUGUAUGGAGUCUUUCUCGAAACCAGCUGCUUAUCGUCAACACAUGCGACUACACGCCGGCGAAAAACCUUUCAAUUGCAAAGAAUGCGGUAAAUCUUACGCCGAAAUAUCGUACUUGAAAAGGCAUAUUUUGAGUCAUGCCAGUGAAAACCAGAAUUUCUGCUCGAUCUGCAACACAAAGUUUGCCGACGUGGCAUCACUCCGCGAACAUGUACAAUCACAUGCUUCAGGAGGUGCCAAACCUCACAGCUGUAUGGUUUGUGGUAAACUGUAUACACGUUUAACAAUUUUGAAACGUCAUAUUAUGUCCCAUUUCGAAGAUUCCAAUACUAUCAAUUGCUUAGAUAAAAUAGAAGAUUUGUUGGAUACCAACAAUGGUGGAUUGAAAAAUCCGCGUUCUGGUAACUCGAAACGGGGCUCUGCAUCCAUGUCUUCAAAACGACAUGUUUGUGCCACUUGCUCGAAAGGUUUCAAUAGCCUUGGCAACCUACACCGGCAUUAUAGGGUUCACACAGGGGAGAAACCAUAUUCCUGUGAGACUUGUAACCAUUCCUUCUCUCAGAUAAGUCACUUGAGGCAGCACUACCAAGUGCACAGUGGCGAGAAGCAUAUAUGUCCCGUCUGUAAUGUGGCAAUCAGCAAUGACCGCAAUUUCAAAAGGCAUCUAAAACUACAUACUGGUGAUCGCCCUUUCAAAUGUGAAACAUGCCCAGCUACAUUCACCCAACAGGGCCACCUAAAAAAGCACGCAAAGGUUCAUGAAACUGACUCGUACAUGUGCGGUCAAUGUGACAUUCGUUUUCCUGAUCUCUUGCGCUACAGAGAACAUGUGAGAACACAUGCUGGCGAUCGGCCGUAUGCCUGCUCUCUCUGUGAUUCCAAGUAUUCUGACAUUGACCUUCUCAAAAAACACGUUGAUACUCACGAUGAGCUGAAAAUCAACAAUAAGGCGAUCAAUUCUAUGUCGGCUGCAGUUGCGGCUGCCGCAGCCAAUCACCGCACCACAGUUGUAGCAAAUGUUGCACCCACUAUCAAUGUUAAUGCCACGUGCUCAUCCACUCAAACCCAAACCCACACUAUGCCAUUGCCCGUUCAGCCCCACAAGUUCUUUCCCAGGUCAAAGAGCAGCAGUCAUCUGGUCAACAAUCGCGUCAGCACAACUGUCAAGAAAAAGGUGACAUGCGAAGUUGGCACACAGAGCGAUUUGAUUGACAAUGUUACCUGAGCACCUGCUCUUGGAAUUGUUUCUCACUCAUUUUCCCAAUAAUAGUGCAACAUUGUAAACAAUUAUCACCAAUUCUUCUCUACUAUCCUAUUGUGCUUAAUUUCUUAUUAUUCUCCUCCCGCUAAUUGUGUGGGCUUGUAGUGAAUUGAAGACAUCACAAAAUACAUCUCAAAAGUUUAAGGAAACACCACUCUGCUUGAUUUCACAUUAUUAUAUUCUUCUCUGCUAAAUGUAUUAGCCUUUAGUGAAUGGAAGUCAUCGCAAAAAAACAUCUUACAUGUUGAAAUGAAAAUGACAAAAAUUUUACAGCAUGUAGGAUACCCAAUUCCAAAUUGGAAUCUUCUGAGUUACCAAGUUCCUUGUACAACAUGGAACCUAGUUUUUCUGUUCAUUUUUAGCUGUUGUUUUCAAGCCUAGUAAAUAGGCUACUGUAUAUGCUUCUCAAACAGGAAUUUGUCAGAUCUACUGGUCCUUAAUCUGAAUAUUAUUCACUUUUAAAAUUAUUCAAAAACAAGUGGUAAUAACCCUCAGACAAUACAUCAUGUGAUGUGUUCUUGUUUCUCAUAUUAUGAAAUUUUCAAUCCAGUCAAAUUUAUGGUAAUUAUUGUUUAAAUAUUUGUGAACUUUCGCCAAAAUUUCUCAAGGUUAGCCUAUUCUAUCUUCUCUCCACAAAUAAUCUGUCGAUGCCAUAAUAAGAAAACUGAUAGUUAAAAUACAUAGUUCGAUCUUUUCCAAUCCUAUUGUUCUAAAAUAGUAUAAUAAUUGAGAAUUUAUAUGUCCCACUUCAGUUUCUUUAAUAUAGUUUAUAUCAUUCAAAAAUAUUUACCUUCCCAGAUGAACCCGAUAAAAUGUUUCCGUGAUAGAAUUAGCCUAAUGAAUUCUUGUCUAAUUUCAAGAUCCUUUGAGAAAAUCUUAUGAAUUGUUGUUGCAUAUACAUUAGCUCGCAUUUACUGUUCUAGGGUUUAUUCAAUUAUCUCCUUUGUUGAUAUUAACUUAAAUUGUGCUUGUGGAAGAAUUUGGAUCAGAAUUCUCAGCAGUCAUAUUCUCUCUUUGUACUAAACCUUUUUGGCUUAGCUACUGAAAAUAGGAUUUGCGAACAAAAUAAUGAAAACUAGAAACUUUCAAGAAGAGUUGAACUCUAUAAAUGGUGGAAAACAAUAAUUCAUAGAUAUGAGACAAGUCCCAUUUUAAUUUUGAAUAAUAUCACUAGUUGUAAGAGUUGGUUUUAACAGAUUCUGUUUAAGAGCUGGAAUUAUCUCUUAUUUGUUUAAAAACAAUUACUAUCUUUAGAAGUAUUCUAGAAAUAUCUUUGUUAUCCCUUAUUAUAUUUUUUGAUGCACUAAAGUUUGUUAUCUACUAUUCACGUUACCAUUCUGUUUGUUCACUAUGAAAUUUAAUUUUAUUAUUAAUUCUAACUUAUUUCUGAUGCGCAAUGAAUAACACGCACAGAUAAUUUGUUGAAAAUUUAGUGGAUAAACUAAAUCAAAAAGUAAUUAUAUCAUUAUAGUUUUUUUGAAUUUUCUUUCAAAAUUUGCUCAAAUGUGCAAUAUAAGCUUCUUCUCUGAAACAUGUAAUGCAAUUGAUAUUAUACCAUUCGACUUAUGAUAUUAUACCACUCAUGCUUUAACUUUUUUGUUUUAUUUUUACAUAUUUUAUAUGUGUUUAAUUGUUGAAAAUUUAUACUUCUAUCACAUUAUGUCUAAUUUUAUGGUUUAUGUUAUUUCAUUUUUUUGAAGAUAUAUAUAUUAGCUAAUCAAUUGGCUUAGUUUACAAUGUACAGUAUUUGAAUUGUACGAUAAUUUGUGAGUUUUCACUUGUAACUUAGUACUUCGUCACUAAUGAUAUUGAGCAAAAGGUGUGCCAUGAAUUGGUCUCAGCUGCGAUACCUAGCCAGACCCACCAUUUUUCUCCAUCACGAUAUUCACACACACACACACACACACACACACCACACACACACACACCACACACACACACACACACACACA